GCGGGCCGCCAUCACGAACAGGUAUUUAUGUUUGUUGUCCAGCCUGCUCGUCCUCGUCUUCAACGAGCACCCGCCGUGGGGCGAGGAGGACGGGCAGGCCGACUCGGAGGAGUGCGACGCGGAGGGCCACUCAGAUUUUGCUCUGCAUUCGGGGUUCGACUGGGCGGGGCCCGCUGGCGAGGAGAUCGACUUCGGCGAGGAGAUGGAUUCAAUCUUGAUGGCUGGGCUCGAGGCCAAAGGCCUACCGAUAUCAGUCUUAGAGAUGGUGUGGAAGAAGUGGAAUCGGGCGUACCUGCAGACCGGGGACGAGUCGGCGGUGGUGCUCAUGCUGGUGCACCCGGUCCCGGGCAAGGUGGGUACGUGGACGGUGAUCGACCCGGCCAAGCGGGUGCAGCUACAUGACCUCAGGUCACAGCGCAUCCACGCGAAGCCCAAGGCCAGGUGGCAACUGGCCCCUUUUGACGGGCUCACGGCGGAGCAGAAGGAGAAGGCAGAGGAGGAUUCGGUGAAGCUGAUCAGGAGGACUGCUGGAGAUUCGUGGUUUUCGAUCCACACUGGCCUUGGUAAGGCGGACAAAGAAAAGAGCAAGCUCAAGGGCAAGAACUCCUCCAAGGGCAAGGGGUCGAGCAAGUCAAGCUUCGUUUGGUGGCUGGCGCAGACCGUGGUGACGGUUGGCGGGGCCGUGUGGAGUUACAAGUUCAUUGGCAAUUUCGGUCUUGGGUGUUUGCUAACAUAUAAGGCGUGGAAGUUCUUCGGCAUAGGCGAGCUGGUGGACGACAGCAUGAACGUGUUGAGGUCAGCCUCGGAGACCGCUGACAGAGUGACGGACACCUACGACAACUUUAUGGAGCGCUGGGAAGAGGGAGGCUUUGAUGCAAUGAUCGUGGGUGCUCUGGCUCUGGGAUUUCUUGCCAUGCUCGUCUGCUCUUGUGGAGGCUGUGAUAUGAAGAAGAAGCGUUUCAACGGGGACGGUUUCGUGACCGACUCAGACAGCGAGGCUUCGGCCGACCUGGGUACGGCGGCCUCCGACACUGACGACGACGACGGGCUCAUGAGGCACCCUGGGAUGCGGGUGCUUUUGGAGCAGCAGGCAGAGUUGCAGAGUCAGAUCGCGAGGCUCACGGCUAAGAAGACGAGCGACAGCGGGGACGAGGGGGACACGAGGUUUUCAGCGGUGCAGGAGGACGAGUCGGUCAGGAGAGGCAUCGACAAUCUGAUGGCCAGGCUGAUGGCUCAUGAAAAGCAGGUCGCGGACGAUCAAGGCGGGGGCGGCAGCGCGGUGCGAGGAAAGGCGGUCAACUCGUUGGACGGUCUGAGCGCUGCGGCCGUGAAGAGCUUCGUCUCGCAGGGGCAGCAGGGCAAGUCGGUGGGCCACUACAUCCGGGAGCUGGAGCAGGAGGCUCGCGACCCGCGGGCCGCCAUGCUAUCCCAGCUGAAGCAGUGCGAGAGCGCGGACUGGAGCAUCGGGAUGCACAAGUUUGGGACAUCUGCGAAGUUCCAGGUUCAGCCGUGCGUUCGGUCCAAGGAGCUGGAGUCGCGCCACGCGGCGAGCGAGAUGGCGCUGAUGGCGGCUAUCCUGGACAGGGCGCUGAACGCCGACCAGAACGCGAAGAAGCAAAGUGACUGGAAGCAGCCCCGCGGCGAGGGCGGAAAGCGCUGGAGGAGCAAGGCGCGGUGGGAGCUGGCAGAUGAGAGCGACGCGGUCGCGUUGGAGAACGACGACUGGGCCAUCGCUGAUGCUGACGAAGAGGUUCGGAUGCGCUUGGGGCGGAUGGCCUUGUUUAACAAGUGCCUUGACAAGGCUUUCCCCGACGGCGCGAAGGACAGCUCCGAGCAGGGCGCGGAGCGUCGCCGCCUUUGCUUUGUGCUCUUCAAGUACCUGUUCAAGUUCGCGAUCUCGGUGACGGCCCUGGGCGACCUUUUCUUCGGCUUCGGCGCUGGCUCUGACGUCGAGGAGGAGAGCUCCAAGGCGCUGACUGGCCUGACGAUCAAGAGGGUCAACACGUCGGUGAACGCCAUCUCGCACAUGCACCACGGGGUGCUGGACGGGGUGAGGGGCGAGAUUCUGACAGGGACUCGUUCGGCAUGGAGGGGGGCCUCGGCCGCUCAGAGGGAGGUGGUGCGAGACCUCUGGAGUCGCUGGCGGGCUCGAGCAUCGUGGGGGAGUCUCGCCGACGGAGCGCCAGUCUUGAAGCAGCUGGCGUCGCGGGCCGUCGGGUGGCAUCAGGCGAAGGAGAAGGAGGGGGCGGCCGCAGGGCCGCAGCGUGGCGACACGUGUCCUAUGAAGGUGAGCGAGGCGUCGCUCCCGCCGCCGGGGUCGGUGCCGAUCCCGAUCGAAACCAUGUCUCCAUCGAGUCGCCCGUGCCUGAGGGGGCCGAUCAAGACGAUUGCGCUCGGCGACCACGAGGUGGGCUGGGCGGCUUACGACGCGAUCAAGCCGUGCUGUGAUCCCAGCCUGAGGCAGAAGCAUGUGAAGCUGGAUAUGCUGGAGUGGCUGGCCGAGUCGGGUAUGAUUGGGAUGUGCGACGAGGCGGUGGAAGAGGUGAAGGUCUUCACGGUCCUGAAGAAGAUCGACGAGACGACGGGGGAAUGGAGUUCGAGGCUGAUUUGGGACAUGAGAAGGUCCAACAUGAGGUUCAUGAGUCCGCCCUGGGUCGCCAUGGGCUCGGUCGCGGCCCUGCGCGGGGGGCCGCGGGGCUACUCCGGCUUCGAGGGCGUGUCGGGGGAGGAAUUGCGGGCGCGCCUGCAGAGGCGGGGGCGGCAGGAGCUCGUCGAGCAACUGGGAGAUGGAAAUGGAAAACGAGUUUGCUUGCGGGAGCUGCCCAUGGGCUCCGCGUGGGCUGCGUUCUUCGCCCACUUCGCCCUGCAGGGCGUGAUGGAGGGCGAAAGUGAGCUGAGCGUGGCGGGGCGGGUGCAGCACGGCGCGCCGCCCCCACAGUGCUAUCGUGAGUCGCUGUUGCACUGGAUCUUCAUCGACGACUGCGCCGGGUUCCGUCUCGAGCCCAAGGACACCGCGGCGGAGGAGUUCAAGGUGAAGGAGGACGGCGCGAGGGCCCGACGGGCCUUGGAGGCGGUCGGGCUGUCGGCCCACAAGGAGGACGUCGGGCGUGGCCUCGAGCGCUCGCUGGGCGUCACCCUGGGCGCGGGCAGCGGUCUUGCAGCCGUCGAGUCGCUGAUGGGGCUCUGGGCGUGGAUCUCCACCUGCGCGAGAGGGGCCAUGAGUGUGCCCCACCAUGUUUACAUGUGGAUUCAGGAGUACCGAGGCGAGCGGGAGGCCCCGUUGCGGGGCGAGGUGCUUGACGAGUUCUUUGUCAUGGUCUCCUUGUCGGUCUACUAUGGGACCUUCUUGGGGUCCGAGUGGCACGAGUGGAUCUUCCCGACGGAUGCGAGCCACCUCGGUUUCGGCAUCGUUGCGAGUCGAUCGGAGGUGAACGAGAUGUGGGCCCUCUGCGAGGCGGGCGACGAGCAGGGAUGGUCGACGCAGCUGCACGAAGCCUACUCGGCGGUGGAGGAGGACGAGCUCGACUGGGCCACUCUGGCCUGGCAGCAUCGGGCGAGUGAGAAGCAUGCUCGCGAUGCUCGAGGAGGGGCGGCUGGCUUCUGCGAGCUGUUCGCGGGUUCGGCUCGUUUGUCGGCGGCCAUCGGGCGAGCCCGCCCGAGCUGGGUGGAGCCCUUGGAGAUCGAACAGGGGGCCCGCUACGACCUGGGGGACUUGUCGAACCUGGGGAGGCUCUCUGUCGACCUGGCCAUGGGGAUCUACUGGCUCGUGCACCUGGCCCCGCCCUGUGCUACGUGGUCCCGUGCGCGCGUGCCAAAGCUGCGGAGCGCGUCGGAGAUCUGGGGCCUCUCGGGUCUCAGCGAGGACGAGCGGGAGCUGGCGGGCAACGGCGCCUAUCUGAUGAUGAUCGCGGUGGAGGUGAUGCUGGAGUGCAUCAAGCGCGGGUUUGCCUUCAGCAUGGAGAACCCCGCCUCGUCGUUAUGCCGGCUGCUCCCGCCGCUGAAGGACGUGGUGGAGUCGGAAGGCGUGUGCCUGAUAUCCCUGGACUUGUGCAUGUUCGGGACAGAGUGGAGGAAGCCGACCAGGGUGCUCACCAACGUUGCGGAGUUGGGGGCGCUCGGUCGGCGGCGCCGAG